GUGAACGGCACGGUCAUGGAAGAGGCUUGUGUCGACUGCAGCAUCUACUCGGAGCUGAACGGAACCUUGUAUGGAAACUAUACGAAAAAUGUUACACGCAUCAACAAGUUCUAUUUUUAUCAGGGUACCCAGCUGGCAAUACUGUGGGUACUGCUGGCGGCGAUCGUGGCUGGCAAUGCGACAGUGGUGCUGGCCCUCUUCCUCACUAAGGCUAGAAAGAGCCGCAUGAACUUCUUCAUCAUGCAACUUGCAAUAGCAGAUUUAUGGGUGGGUUUGAUAAGCGUUCUGCCAGACCUAGUUCACCGUAUAACGAUAUCAUGGUACGCUGGUUCUGUAAUGUGCAAGCUGAUGAAAUAUUUACAGGGUGUAGUAACAUAUUCCUCAACGUACGUGCUGGUUGCGCUAAGUGUGGACCGAUGCGAUGCAAUCACACAUCCUAUGAGGUUCACUGGAAGUUGGAGACGUGCACGCGCUCUUAUAGUUGGCGCUUGGGUCCUCAGCUUCCUCUUUUGUAUGCCGAUGCUGAUUUUGUUUGACGAAGCCAAUAUUCAAGGUACUCCCCAAUGCUGGUCAAGCAUGAACCAACUGCAAUGGCAGAUAUGGAUGACAACGGUAUUCAUCUCACUAUUUGUUGCGCCUGCGCUCACGAUAGCUGCCUGCUACGGGGUCAUUCUGAUCAAAAUUCAGCAGAAGAGUCGACGCGUGCUCAGCAAGAGAGCAGCUGCUAGACAAAGCAGCGAUGAUUUGGAUAGUCGAAGAGCGAGCAGUCGUGGAAUAAUACCGAAAGCUAAGAUUAAAACGGUUAAGAUGACUUUCGUAAUCGUGUUUGUGUUCGUCCUAUGCUGGUCACCCUACAUGAUUUUCGACUUACUGCAAGUGUACGGCUACGUGCCCAACACCCAAGUCAACAUAGCCAUCGCCUCGCUCAUACAGAGCCUAGCGCCUUUAAACUCUGCUGCAAACCCGGUCAUAUACUUCAUCUUCUCCAACAGGAUAUUUCUCAGUCUGCGGAACAUUCCACCAUACAAAUGGCUGUGGUGUAUCAAGGCAGAAGACAGCGCAGCAGCAAACGAGUCCCGGGCACACACGGAAAUGCUGACGUCAUCACACCGCCGUACUCGACACGAGCUCACUAUAAGGAUCAAAGACAACAGUAUGAAGAAUCAAAGGCAACGUUUGCACCAGUUGAACGGAAGUUCUCGUAAGGUUCGUCUAAACCUGCCCAAGAAUCAACUGCAAACAAAUAACAACUGCCACCACGAGACUCAAAGACGACCUGCUGAUACGUUUUUGUAA